AUGGUCCGACUUCGAGCUUCCGGCCUUGGCAGCCUGGCAUUGCUAUUGCUUUUGGCUUCUGUAGAUGCUUUCUACAUACCUGGAUACUCUAUCAAGAGUUACAAGCCUGGCGAGCCGAUCCCUCUCAUGGUCAACAAGGCCUACUCCGAUAGCACCCAGCUUCAAUAUGCCUACUAUGAACUCCCCUUUGUAUGCCCUCCGUCCGAUCAUCCAAAGUCGGUCGGUGGCCUGCUCAGCGGCAAGAACGUCCCCCUUAACCUUGGCGAAGUUCUCCGCGGUGAUCGCAUUCGAACAUCAGAUAUCGAAUUGAUCAUGAAUAAGGAAACGACGUGCACCGCUCUCUGUACGAAGGAGCUCAACAAGGAUGACUUGCAACGCGCCAAGGAGAUGAUUCAGGACACCUACGUGACUGAGUGGAUUGUCGACAACCUGCCCGGCGCUACCAGCUUCGUCAGUGUCGACAAGACACGGAAGUACUAUGCUUCGGGUUUCAAGCUUGGCUAUAGCGAGACCUCUCCUUCGACCGGUCAAACGCACUACUACCUCAAUAAUCACCACACCAUCGUGAUACGCUAUCGUAAGGCGCCCGGCAAGGCGGGUGACCGUGGCGAGAACAUUGUCGUCGGCUUCGAGGUUUACCCCAAGAGUAUUGGUAGCGAUAGCAAACGUGACACCCAAGGCUGCCCCGUCGACUUGGAGCACGUUGAGCGGGGACUGGAACUUCACAUCGGGCCCAACAUAACGAUCGACACUGCACCACGUUACGCCGACGGAAAAUCGCGACAGACCGAACGACGAUCCGAUGACGAGAGCGAAGACGGCACUCUGACGGUGCCGUAUACAUACUCUGUGUACUUUAGGGAAGACAACACCAUCGAGUGGUCACACCGCUGGGAUCUAUACUUUGUCAACCAAGAAGACGGCGCCCGCAUUCAUUGGCUUGCCAUUAUCAACUCCCUCAUCAUUUGCGGCAUGCUGACGGCCAUUGUUAUGAUUAUCUUUGCUCGUACGGUGCACUCUGACAUCAAGGGCUACAAGGAGACGUUGGAGAGCAAAUCUCGCGGCAAGCGGGUCAGGAAGGACGCUCCUGCGGGACUACUCGACCAGAGGAGCAGUGCCGCAGAUGACGAUUUGUCCGAUACCGAAGAGGCUUUGGAAGAUAUCACGGGCUGGAAACUACUCCACACCGACGUCUUCCGAGCGCCGCAACAUGGAUACUUACUCGCGCCACUCGUUGGUUCCGGCAUGCAGCUCCUUUUCAUGGCCAUGGGACUUGUGCUACUCAGCGCUCUAGGUUUCUUGAACCCUAGCUUCCGCGGCGGCUUCAUCAGUGUUGGUGUUGGGUUAUUCGUGUUUGCAGGUGUCUUCUCGGGCUACUUUUCUGCCCGCGUCUUCAAGAGUUUCGACGGAAAGGACUAUCGGAAGAAUGCAAUGGUGACGGCGCUAUUGUUUCCUGGUCUAAUGUUUGGGCUGGUGUUCAUCGUCAACUUGUUUGUCUGGGCGCAGGCCUCGAGCACGGCGAUUCCGUUUGGAACGCUUGUCCUGAUCGUGGUCCUGUGGCUCUGCUUCCAGGUGCCCUUGGUGUUCGCUGGUGCUUACUACGGCUUCGAAAAGGCUGGCGGGUGGCAGCACCCUACGAAAGCCACGGCCAUUCCUCGCCAGCUGCCGAACCACGCAUGGUACAGCAAGUCGGUGCAGGCAGUGCUACUAGCGGGCCUGAUUCCUUUUGCCGUCAUCUUCAUCGAGCUGCUGUUUGUGUUCCAGUCAUUGUGGCAAAAUAAGAGCGGCUUCUAUUACAUGUUCGGGUUCCUGGCCGUCGUGUCGGUGAUUCUGGUCGUGACGAUUGCCGAGGUGACGGUUGUGACGAUCUACAUUCAGCUGUGCUCGGAGAACUACCACUGGUGGUGGCAGUCGUUCUUCGUGGGAGGCGGCAGCGCUUUGUGGAUUUUUGCGUACUCGGUGUGGUAUUACAUGUUCAAACUGCACAUCACGGGGUUUGUGAGCAGCAUGCUAUUUUUUGUUUACACGUUUAUUGCGUGCUGCGUGUAUGGUCUUCUGACCGGCACGAUUGGCUUCCUCAGCGCGUAUGCAUUUGUGAGGCGGAUAUACGGUGCCAUUAAAGUUGAUUGA